AUGCCUGAUCAUGAUAUCGCUUACCCUCAGUUACCCUCCGAAUUGGAUGGAGUUAUCAGCAUGAUUUCCAACCUACAGCCGCGGCAAAUCACUCGGAAAGUAGUCAUUUACUAUCAAACUAUGACAGUUCCAUUAAAGGAUCUGGCUGUUGCGUACCUUGUUGAGAGCUGGCUCCAAAUGGAAACGGUAACGCACCUCAUCAUUGGUUGCUUUCACCUAGGCCGAAACGGAUAUUUACAUCUUAACGACUUCACCCCCGACCACGGAAGCUUCACGGAGUUGUGGCAGGACAAGCAGACCCUACAACAAAGGGGACUCAAGGUGAUGGCGAUGCUUGGAGGAGCAUGUCCUGGCAGCUUCAUCGUGCUAGACGACGAUGAGAGUUUCCAGGAGUGUUACAAGACCUUGUACUACAUGCUUGUCAAGUACAAGUUCGAUGGGAUCGACCUCGACAUUGAAGAACCAAUGUCUCAAAAUGGUAUUAAUCGCCUCGUUGAUCGCCUCCGAGCGGACUUCGGCCCAGACUUCAUCAUCACCCUUGCUCCUGUUGCUACGGCUUUGCAGGGUAGGGCCCACCUGUCUGGGUUUGACUAUCUGCGUUUCGAGGGUGAACGUGGCGAUAAGAUAAAUUUCUACAACACGCAGUUCUACAACGGCUGGGGGAGCCUCGCAACAACCAAAGACUAUGACGCGAUCAUGGCGAUGGGAUUCCCUCCGUCUCGUGUCCUGCCAACACUCUUAACCCACAGAAACAACGGAACCACUGGCUUCAUAGAAUUCGAGAAGCUUCGACCAGUGCUGAUUGAGCUGCGACUCCGAUAUCCCUAUCUCGGAGGCGUGGCUGGUUGGGAAUAUUUCAACUCCGAUCCAGGUGGACACGAGAUGCCUUAUCAAUGGAGUGUCCUCGUGGCAAGAGCUCUGGGUAUGAUUCCAGAACUUACAGGUUGA